AUGGUAAAGAACCCUCUAGAUAGGGCAAGGACAUUCCGGGAUGGACCGAGGCGGGAACUCCGCGGUCGGUUGAUAUUGUUAAAUUUGAGGAAUUACGAUGAACUAUAUGAACGAGGCCAGAUGGUCAAAAGAGACAUGAAAGAAAGUGUAGCUGCUUCUGGAUCGCGGUUUGCUCCUGUUAGGUACAAUCGCAAUUUUGGCAAGAGGCCUAUGGUGAAAAACAGUUGUUCGUCCCUCCGAGUUAAGAAGAAUAUUGGAAAGCUUGCUUACCGGAGUAACUGGAAUUGUCGCCUCUGUGGAUGGAAGUACAGAAAUGGACCAUGUCCAAGCCGGACAAGAGCAUGCUUCAAAUGUGGCCAGCUUGGCCAUCGUGCGAAACAGUGUGGACAACAAACGGAUGAGAAUGCUCCUGGCGUGGUUACGAGUAUGGUUACAUUAAACGAUCAUGCUACCUACGCUUUGUUUGAUCCUGGAGCAUCGCAUUCUUUCGUAUCCGCUCAGCAUGCUGAUUUGGCUGAAUUGGAAUUGAAACUGUUGGAUGUGAUAUUGCAUGUUACCACUCCUCUAAAGGAUAAAGUGUUGGUUUCGUUAGGAUGCUUGAAUUGUAAGAUAGUGAUUGGUGGUAGUGAAGAACAGAUAGACUUGGCUAUUUUAACUAUGUAUGACUUUGAUGUUAUAAUUGGGAUAAACUGGUUGGGUAGACAAAGGGCUGCCUUGGAUUGUAGUAACAGGGUGAUCCAACUCUACUCGAUUGAUCACCCUAUAUUUGAAUUUGUAGGAAGUCGAGGAGGAACCUCGAUCCCUUUGAUGUCGUCACUUGAGUUGACUAAGUUGUUAGACGAAGGAUGCCAAGUGUAUCCGGAUGCCGUAGUUGACUCGAUGAUUGAGGAAUCGAGGCUAGAGGAUAUAGCCGUGGUGCUCGAUUUUCCUAACAUUUUUCCCCAAGAAUUACUGGGAUUGCGGACUGAGAGGGAAAUAGAGUUCAUGAUCGAAUUAGCCCCAGGAACGGAGCCGACCUCGAAGGCAUCAUACGGGAUGUCUUUGUCGGAGUUAAAGGAGUUAAAAGUUCGGAUGCAAGAGCUACGUGAUAAAGGAUUCAUUCGCCCAAGUGCAUCGUCGUAG